AAUUAAACAAAAAAAAAAACGAAGAAGAAAAUAGAUUGUAUUGGACAAGAAGUGGGCCGAGGCCCAUGGAUGAUGGUAUCUGGCUUAAAGGUUAAACGAAGAUGAUUGAGGAUGUCAUGAUGCAAGCAAGGAAGGGAAUCGAAGGAUCUCUCUCUCUCAUCACAUGAUCAUUCAGCGAGCAAUAGCAUAGUGUGAAAUUUGAGUGAGCGAGCGAGGAAUCGGAAGAAAACGAAACCCUAAGAAGAAGAUGCCGAAGAAGAUGGGGGUGAACACGAAGGCGGAUGCGGCAAGGGCACGUAAGAGCGCGGUGGAUACGGAGCGCAAGGAGAAGGAGACUCGAGAGAAGGAGGACCAGUACUGGCGAGAGGCGGAGGGUUCAAAGUCACGCGCCGCGAAGAAGAAGGAGGAAGAGGCCGAAAAGAGGGCGGAGGCAGCCGCGCGGAAAGCGGAGGCGCGUCGGUUGGCGGAGCAGGAGGAGAAGGAGCUGGAGAAGUCGAUGAAGAAGGUGGACAAGAAGGCGACCCGGGUGUCGAUCCCGGUGCCGAAGGUGACGGAGGUGGAGCUGAGGCGGCGGAGGGAGGAAGAGCAGGCGGAGGCUGAGAGGAAGGCGGAGGAGGCUAAGAAGCGGCAGAGUCGGACGGCGGCAGAGGAAGAGUACGAGAGAAUGGUGCUGGUUUCGAACACUAAUCGCGACAAUUCGAUUAUUGAAGCUAGAUCAUUGGAUGAUGCCAUCGCCCAGAUGACCGUCGUCGAUAACUUGCCCCCGGAUCGCCAUCCAGAGAGGCGCCUCAAGGCCUCAUUCAAGGCAUUUGAAGAAGCUGAGCUGCCCAAGUUGAAGGAAGAGAAACCGGGUCUUACUCACAAUCAGUACAAGGACAUGAUAUGGAAGUUGUGGAAGAAAUCUCCUGACAAUCCUCUAAAUCAAGUUGCUGAGUGAAUGGUCAACUGCAACUGAAUGCAACAGCUUACCAAAUGUUAUCACGGCCUUCAUUUCCUUUCUCUGUAUGAGUUUCACUUUCUGUACAUGCACAUCGACUUUGAGUAGGACUCUUCUACUGCUCUGCUCUGCUCGGGAUAAGGGCUUCUGAACUACCAUUGUAUUGAAAUUGAACCAAUUAUGAUAAUACCUCCCUUUAAUCCAAUAAAGUAUACGUUUCAUUGCACGUCCUA